AAACCAAAAUGGAAAAAGAUGCAAACUUUAUUCUAUAAAUUCAGCAAUCUCUCUGCAGAUACAUACCACCCAUUCAUGGAUACUUUAAUUUAUAUGUAUACAAACUACAGGGAGAGAGAGUGAAGGGUCUGUUUGGUUUAAAAAGCUGCUGCUCCUUCCUCCUCCUGCUGCUGCUGCAAUUGGGUUUGUCCAAUACCAUGGAUCUUGGGAAUUCUUGUAGUGGCAAUAGUUCCAUCUUUCAGUUUAACAUUUUUUCUUCUUCUUCCUCCUCAAUUUCUUAUAGUAGGAAUGGAAUUAGUGAUUGUGGUUGCUUCAAUUCAUCACUAGCUGCCUUGUUGUCUUUUUCUUGUUUGUCUUGUAAGGCUUCGAUUUUUGUCCCAAAUUAUACUCCUCUGCGUUGUUCUGAUUCUAUUCUCAUCACCGUCACCUUGAGGGAAAAGACAGCCAGUUGUUAACCCUAUAGAGCUCCUGUUUGUUUUGUUGUCUACUGCUUUUUUGUUUGCUAGUAGAGAGUCUAAUUUGAUCGCCCUUUUCUCCUUUUUUUCUGUAAAGAUUGCAACUUUUAGGCAUCUCUUUGCAAGAAUGAUGUCUGUUUCAUUGCCCGGGUUGAUUCAUCGACCAAUUGUGAUGGGCUCUCCGGAGAACUCCAGCAGGUAUGAUUUGGAUGGUCGUGUUGGAUGUUGGAUUGGGAAUGAGAAUGUGAAGUUGAACAAACGAGCUGCUAAGGCGCCCAAGAAGGCGAGGUUGAGAGUUUCGCCUUUUGCUUCAUCAGGUCUCACCCAAACCCAAAAUCCAUCUAGUGCCCAGUUUUAUCAGGAGCUGUUAAGAGAUGCUAGGGACAAAUUUACUCAGGAGAUAUCUUGCCAGUUGAAGGACAAAGAUAUAUCGCUAGCAAAGGCUUUGCUUUAUGUUGGUGCUGAAGAUGAGGCAUUUAUGGCUUUCAAUCGAGAGAAGGAUUCUUAUUCUCUCCAAAGCGAAAGAAGAACUGCUCUGUUACCAUCUGAUAAUGCUCCGGAUUGGAAGCACGUGGAAUCGAUGCCUCUAGCGGGAAAAAGUAUGAAAAAUUGGUUGGAGGAGUUGGAUGCUAUUGCGAGGGAGGUUGAGGCGGAGCUCGUUUCGAGAGAAAUAGGAUGUGAUUUGGUCGAGGUUUUGGAUGCAGUGAACGUUGUUCUUUUCAACUCGAGAGGUUUCAAAAGGUCGCAUGUAUUGGUAGAUUCGAAGUGCUCAUACCUGCACUCGGGGUUAUGCUUUGGAUCUUGUAGUGCAAUUUUGCUUAGUGUAAUUUACAUUGAAGUUUGCCGACGACUUAAUCUGACAAUUGUGGGGUCCCGAGUUGGGGAAGAUUUUUUAAUAUGGCCCCAAACAGGAAACCCCGAGGAGUUAUUCAGGAUUACUUCUGGGCACAGUUUAUUUGGUACUGUCAAUGGGAAGUGUGUGGAGGACCCCCGAUCGAAGGCCUCAGACAUCAACAGCCAUUCACUUCCCGGGCUCGAGAUCGCAACAAACUGGGAUAUCAUCGGGAUUGCUUUGGCCAAUUUGAUUAGGCUUCACUGGAAACGUGCUUCAAGAGCAAACCAUGGAUUGAUGCUUACUUCUCCACUUAGAUCUGUUAAUAUUGCUGAUGAGAAAUGUAGCAAGAUUGAUGCCUCAAAUGUCCCCUUGUUACGGCCUCAGGAUUUGAGGUUCAAGAUGCUAAGUUGCAACAUUGGCAUGAGAAUGGAGAUUUAUGAAUUUCGGAAGCAUAACAUUUUUCUCAAGGAUUUAAAAUUAAAAAAAAAAAAAGACAUGCAUCCCACACUUUUAACAUACUCGCUUUAAGCAUUCACAACAAACAUAAAUAAUUUCCCCCAACUUAUGGCUCAGUUUUGACUCUGAAAGUAACCCUUUUCCCAUCUUUAGGCUAUUCAACUAUAAAAUUUGAAACUAAAUAUUUUUUACAUGCUAUAUAUAUAUAUAUAUAGUUUAUAUAUUUGUAUAUAUUUAUA